AUGGCUACAGUAGAAGAUAUUAUAUUUUUGGGAACAGGCACUUCUAGCUCAGUACCGACCGUUGCUUGUCUUACAGACCCUGCAAAGUCUUGCUCGGUUUGUUUAUCUGCAAUGACACCUGAGGGUCAUAAAAAUAAUAGGAAAAAUACUAGCUUGAUUGUUAGAUUUCGAAAGCAUGAUGAUCCACCUGAAUCACGAUUGAGAAAUGUACUGAUAGACUGUGGAAAGACAUUUUACACAAGUGCAAUCACCAUACUUCCUCAUUAUGGCAUACGUGAGCUGGACGGUGUCAUCUUGACUCAUGGUCAUGCUGAUGCAUGUUAUGGACUGGAUGAUUUGAGAGGAUGGACCCUGGGUAGUUCAAUCCAAUCUCGUAUCAAUGUAUAUCUAUCAUCUGAAGCAAUGGAAUUAGUUGCAAGAACAUUUCCUUAUCUAGUAGACUCUUCACUAGCCACAGGAGGUGGACAAGUAGCAGAUUUUAAAUAUCAUGUGCUUGAUGCAAACAAGCCAUUCAUUAUCGAGGGACUAGAAUUCACGCCUCUUGAAGUACAUCAUGGUAUCUAUCUGACGACAAGGGAGCCUUAUUACUGUUAUGGCUUCAAGUUUGAUGGUGUAAGCUACAUAUCAGAUACAAACUAUAUCCCUCCGCAUACGAUGGAAUUGAUUCAGGAUAAAACAAGAGUAUUCAUUGUAGACUGUCUAAGAUUAACCGAUCCUCAUCCAUCUCACUUUUCAUUAGAACAAUCUAUUGAAGCAACUAGACAAGUCCGAGCAUCCAAAUCAUACUAUGUUGGAUUUACACAUAGAAUAGACCAUGAUGACUUGGAAAAGAAGUUGAAAGAGUUAGAAGCUAAAGAAGGAAUGAAAGUGUCCCCCGCUUACGAUGGAUUACGAGUCGUAUUAAGAAAUAAGGGUGAAAUAAUAGAGUCGUCUUAUCUACAGCCUACAGAGAUCAUCAUUAAGGAAUAA